GCCAAUCACAGUCGCGUUUACUUGCCGAUUAGGCAGUAUCAACAUGGCAGCUUUCUGAGUUUUGGAGGAGGGGAGCUGGUGUAAAUAAACAGACAUUUAACAUUUUUGAGAUAACGACAGCGUCGGGGUGUUUGAGUUUAGGACUGAGUGGACCGCUGCGGGAAGAUGUCGAGCGACGGAAACAAAAAACAGUUCUGGAAAAGGAAUGCAGCGAAGGUUCCUGGCAGCAUUCAGCAUGUGUACGGUGCACAGCAUCCACCCUUCGACCCGCUCCUUCAUGCAAAUCUGAUCAAAGCAGGCAACAAGCCUCCUCCAGCCACUCCAGGCAAGCCCAAGAAGGCGACCACCUUCCAGGAGUUUGAGAGCAUCACGAGCGACGCCUGGGAUGUCGGGGAUGAUGACGACGAGCUGCUGGCCAUGGCUGCGCAGAACCUCAACAUCGAGGUGGUCAUGGAAACAGCCAAUAAGGUGAUUGAGAAUCACAGCAAGCAACAGGAGAAACAGAGGCAGGAUGAGACAUCAGAGCUGGACCGAAGAGAAGACGACACACAGGAGGAGGUGGCAGAGGACGACGAGGACAAUGAAGAAGAGGAAGAGGAGGACAGGGUGGAAGAGGGAGACGCGACCAGCCCUGAGGUAUUAUUUGGAUCCCAGAGCAGCCCUUACACUGAUGGCCGCCUAGUGAAGUCCCACAGCGAAGCUCCAAUUGGGUCACCUAAAGAUGCAGCAGGUGAGCAUGCAGCCCUCCACAGACAGCGGUCUCUGCCCCAUCGGCCUCCUGUCAUCCCUCUAGUGGCUCGCAUGGCUGACCAGAACACAUCUGGCACUCCAGCCAUGACCGAGAGGGAAGCGUCCCGCCUAGAUAAGUUCAAACAGUUGUUGGCAGGACCCAACACAGAUCUGGAUGAGCUGCGGAAACUCAGCUGGUCCGGAAUCCCUCGACAGGUCCGACCGAUUGCAUGGAAACUUCUCUCAGGUUACCUGCCAGCCAACGCAGAGAGGAGGGAAAGCGUUCUACAGAGGAAGAGGCAAGAAUAUUUCGGCUUCAUCCAGCAAUACUACGACUCUCGCAAUGAUGAGCAUCAUCAAGACACAUACAGACAGAUCCACAUAGACAUUCCUAGGAUGAGUCCUGAAUCUUUGGUGCUGCAGCCAAAGGUGACAGAGAUUCACAUUGACAUACCGAGAACUAAUCCUCUUAUUCCUCUCUUUCAACAAGCUUCUGUUCAAGAGAUUUUUGAACGGAUCCUGUUUAUCUGGGCCAUCCGGCAUCCCGCUAGCGGCUACGUGCAAGGCAUCAACGACCUGGUCACACCAUUCUUCGUCGUUUUCGUCUUUGAAUAUAUUGAGGAGGAAGUGGAAAACUUUGACGUGUCCAGUCUCCAGGAAGAGGCUCUGAGGAAUAUUGAGGCUGACAGCUUCUGGUGCAUGAGCAAACUGCUGGACGGGAUCCAGGACAACUAUACAUUUGCUCAGCCAGGCAUCCAGAAAAAAGUCAAGGCCCUAGAGGAGCUGGUCAGCAGGAUUGAUGAAUCUGUGCACCGCCACAUGCAGCAGUACGAGGUGGAGUACCUGCAGUUUGCCUUUCGCUGGAUGAACAACCUCCUGAUGAGAGAGUUGCCAUUACGAUGCACAAUCAGACUGUGGGACACCUACCAGGCUGAACCAGAGGGCUUCUCCCAUUUUCACCUGUAUGUGUGUGCGGCCUUCCUGGUGAGGUGGAGGAAAGAGAUCCUGGAGGAGAGGGAUUUUCAGGGCCUGAUGAUCCUCUUACAGAACCUUCCCACGAUGCACUGGGGCAACGAGGAAGUGAGCGUACUGCUGGCUGAAGCCUACAGGUUGAAGUUUGCCUUCGCUGAUGCGCCCAACCACUACAAGAGAUGAUAAGCAAGGGGCGGGGGAGGGGACUCCCUGUGUUCCUCCUUUACUCCCCCCAAAGUGGUCUACUGAACUCAAAGGCCUCUAUUCCCACACAGGAAGGAGCUCCCUUUUCUUAACCUCCUUUUCCCUUAUUGGCCGGUGGGCCUUUCAGCUACUAAGAGAUUUUUGAAUCAACCAAUGACUGCGAGGAUGUGCGGUGUAGCAUUCUAACAUGUUGAUGUGGAGCCUUUUUUUUUUUUUUAAUGAUUAUUGUGUUCUCUGAUUAGCUCUGAGCAGUGCAGAGUCCUGUUCUUUAUCACUGCAAGUUGACAGCUGAGAGAUCAACCUAAGGCCCGAUGCAAAACCAGGAGCUGUUGCUCAGCACCGCCUGCGGUCUGGCUCCGAAAAAUGCCUCUUUCUGCUAAUUAUUUCCAUAACCAUGGUAAUACAUAGUUGAUUUUUUUUGUUUCCUGAGGCAAAAUGUGAUCUUUUUCCUUUUCAGUUUGCAAAGACAAAGAAAGAUGUCAAAGGGCAUUGCACUAGAUACUUUACUUGCCCCUCCCCCCCACAGAUUGUUUUUCUUCAUGACCCUUCCAAGACUUUUGAAGCAAGACACUUUGUCAGUCAGUGAGAGGAGGCAUGUGUACUUCCUUCCAUUAAGCCAAUCACACACCAGCUUUAAACCCUCAUUGUCCAGUCUCAUCACUGCAGCGUCUCGUUGUUUGAAUGUAACGCAAACAGUGGCAGGAGGCUGCAGAACAGGAGUCACAUACACAGAUCAACAUCAAAGAACAUAAGAAGCCAUUAGGAGGGAGAACGCUACCUAGUCCCACUUGUUAGGGUUCUUUUUUUCUUUUUUUGCUCCUUAGACCUGCAGCAUGUGAAGGGUCCACGUCUUAUUAUCAACUUCUCCUUCUUUGUGAAUGUAAGACUACCUCAGAACACGCAUUGUUAUUACACGGUUAUACACAUAAUGAGGCGUUAGCAGACAUAAAGAAAGAAUCACUCAGAUUCACAUUGGUCUGGGUGAGUGACGGCCAGAUCUGAAGUUGAAGCUAAAUUCCGAAAGAGCACAAUCGACACGGUUUGGGGACCUUUUGUUUUUAAGUUUUCCGCCCAGAAUAUAUAAAAUAUGGAUUGGACUGUUUAGAGAUCACCAGCAAGGCGGGGCCUGAGCUUAAAAGAUGUAUUUCCAUAUAAACACGUAAAACUAGAAGGGUUUAUUUGGAGGCUCCAACUUAAUGGAAGUCUUGCAAUUUUAAAAUGCAAUUACACACGCUUGAUCUAUUUCGGCUCUCGUAAUUUAUUUAUGUAGAAGCUCUGCACGCAGAUCAUCGGGAUUAUCCUAAAAACGUACCAAUACAUAAAUAAGUAAAUAAAUAAUUACAAAGCUGUUUCUUUGCUUAUGACCAUCCAUCCCAUUGCCUCUAUAAUGCUGUUUGUAAGUACCCUGUAAUCAGGCGUCGGCACGGUGCUUACUGAACUCUGUGAAUAUAAUGGGAAGUUGACAAGCUUAGCAGGUGACAACGAUUCAUCACGCCCUUUAAUUAAAAAGCGUUUGCAUAAAUAAGUUAUACAACCUGCUUCUUGUUUUUGCACACACAACUCUCCGCCUUACAUUAGUCGUUCACACGUUGCUCUGUUCUUAUAGAGCACAUGGGAUGUCUUACGCAAAGUCAGUAGCACCGUAUUGGUGUGAUGUUAGGUGGUGGUGGUGGUGGGGGGGUAAUCAGACAUUCAUGACAUAACACAAAGCUGUUAACGUUUGGAUCCUCCUGUCGCAACUCCGCCAGGAUCCAUUAUUGUCACCCGAGCCGAAAAAGGCGGCAGGCGUAGGUGUGUGAAGGGAAGAUGGAAGGAGAGAGGGGAAGGGAGGGUGUUGUGUUUCUUUGGAAGUUCAGUCCCUUUUUUCAGUGAGAGCUGUCAGUCUUUGAUCACAUGUUGAGGGUUUGGGCUUUUUUUUUUUUUUAAA